CCUUCCCUCAUUGUUUUUGUUCAGCCGUCGAAAAUGUCGAAGCGAGGACGUGGAGGGUCAGCUGGAAACAAGUUUAGGAUGUCACUGGGUUUACCAGUGGCGGCCACGGUGAACUGUGCCGAUAACACCGGUGCUAAAAACCUCUACAUCAUAUCGGUGAAGGGAAUCAAGGGCCGCCUUAACCGCUUGCCAUCGGCUUGUGCCGGAGACAUGGUGAUGGCCACUGUCAAGAAAGGGAAGCCUGAUCUGAGGAAGAAGGUCUUGCCUGCUGUCAUUGUGAGGCAGCGCAAGCCUUGGCGCCGAAAGGAUGGUGUUUACAUGUACUUUGAAGAUAAUGCCGGUGUCAUUGUGAAUCCGAAGGGAGAAAUGAAAGGUUCUGCCAUAACCGGUCCAAUCGCGAAGGAGUGUGCCGACCUAUGGCCAAGGAUUGCAAGUGCAGCCAAUGCCAUUGUUUAGUGAUUUCGUUUCCCUGAAACAUAGUUUGCUGGAUCUUUUAUCUUUCCCAUUUUGAACUUUUAUCGAUGUCACUCAUGCUCGACAUUUUUGGAUUCGUGUUUGAUGGUGUUUUGAGAACU